UUAGUUUUGUUUGAAAUUGGAAUGUGUUGAAGAAAUUUCGUUGCGGCAAUUUGUUUCAUUCCACUGUCCACUUCAGUGUUCAUUUGGGAGCGUAGACAAUUGCUAUCCGCGUUUUUUUAGUGCGUUGGAAUGUCUUGCGGUUGUUCUUAAAGUAAACGAAAUAAAAAAAUAUAUUUGUUAUUCGCGAUGAGAUUGAAAAAAUUCUAAAUUGUGCAAAAAAAAAAAGAUUAAAUCUAUGAUAAUAAAAACACGCGGAUUUGUUAAAAAUCGUUCUGCCUUCGAACAACUACUAUGAACACAUAAGUUUAAAAAAUAUGUCGAGUGAAAAUAUAAGUGUGCCACAAAGCAAUAUAAUUGCCCCAUCCGAUUUUAAAUAUGGUGACGCAGAUAUUUGUUCGAAACGUCGGAAGUGCAAUGGUGUUGAUACUGAGGGCAAUGACAGUACUGCAUUUAUGGAAUGUACAAAUGUGAGGACAAGUAUUUCUCCUUUGGAUUUUUCCACCAUUGAUAUGAGCUCAGAUUUUAAAGGAGGUCUUCUUAAUUCCACUACAUUGACAUCGUCUAUACAGUCAUCACCCAUUUUAUCAACAAAUGAAGAAAAAUCGGAAAAUGCAUUAUUAAUAACAGCAAAACCAUCGAAAACAAGUAAAGGCUUUGAGAACACUUUCAAAUUGCUACAAACGCAAGUGGAAUGUAAUGCUAAAAAAGCGAUAAGUGUUAUGCAGUCCUUUAAAGUAGAUACGUCUUUUUUAAGCAGCGGUAGCUGUUCGUUAGCUUCAAUCAGUGAGGCUGAGGAACCAGCUACACAUUUGGAACUUGAAUUAGAAGCAAUGGAACGAGUACGGACUCUAGCUACAAGCAAGACAAGCCAUAAUAUUUCCCCGCGAUUUGUAUCACUUCUCUGUGACUUCGUGUCUAAAGGUCAAACCAAAGAAGAUGAAAAAAAGUUAGAACAUACAAUUUCCAAAUGUAAUGAGCAAGAUCUAAUGUAUCACGCGGCUAGAAAUUCAGAUGGAAAGAAUUGUCUAAAAGUUGUAAGGACGUUGUAUUCAGAUCAAGUUCUAUGUGGAAAUCGUGUAAGCCAAAUGACGCGCGCAUAUGACGACAUAGAAGCUGUGACCCGCUUGCUGGAAGAGAAGGAAAAGGACUUAGAAUUAACAGUACAAAUUGGCAAAGAACUUUUAACACAAAAUAAUGCACUUGAAAGUCGAAUUGCUGAACUGGAAGCAGAUUUGAAAGUUUCCAACGAGGAUCGCGCUCAACUAGUGCAUGAACUACACAAGAAAAAUGAACUUAUCGCUGUUUUGACAAAUGACUCUGACGAAGGGAGUGAAAAUGAUACUCCUACCUAUUCUAAAUCAAUUACUUUGGAUUUACUACAAAAGAAAAUUGCGAAUCUACAGGAUGAGAAUAAGAGUUUAAAACUUGAAGCCUUACAGCUUGCCUCACAAACCGAUGAUGUCGAGGCGCAGGAACGUCAACUUAUGGAAGAUAUAACAUCGCAAUUGAACGAAGCUAACGGGCGCUACGACAGCAUGAAUCUAGAGCUGGAACGUCUCCGAGAGGAGAAUCGUUUGCAGCACGAACAAAUAAUAAGUUUAACGGCGAGAUUGUCAGAGGCCGAAAUGAGGCUGCAUCAAUUAACGCACGAUAAUGAUGAACAUAUAACACUUUUAAAUAUAACCAAGGAGAACCAAAAUUCAUUAGCAGUGGAAUUACUUGAAUUCAAGCAACGAUAUCAGGAAGUACUUGCGCUCCUGCAGGAGGCUCAGGAGCAAUUGCGUAAUCAGCGCAAGAAAACAAUGCCGCAAGCGCGUAGCUCUUUUAUAUCGAAUUCCGGUUUACUGCAGCCAGAAUCUUUGCAAUGCGAAUUAAUGGAGUCUUCAAUGUAUUCUGAAAACAGUCUUGACUCUGGUAUUUCGGGUGAUACACAACGUGCUGAUCGUAUGGGUCGAUUAAUGUCACAAAUGCCUGGUAUAUAUGGUGGUGGUGCAGGUGCAGCGGGAUCCGCUUAUGGCUUAGGUGUUGGUGUUACACCACCAUAUAAGCGUGUCUUCGAAACAGUACGAUGUGCAAGCAAAACUGGCAAUUAUAUGGAUAGUGGUAAUUCGUCGAUGACACAAUUGGGUGCUAUGGCGAUGAGUAGUAGUGUGGGACCGCGGAUGUCGGCGAUGCCGUAUCGUGGUGCCGCCUUCGAUGACAAUUCAAUGGGUCUAAAGACUUUGUCGUGCGAAAGUCUGGUAUCACAAUCGGACGACGGCUAUCCAGCGGCACCAACUGGUGUACCCGGUGCACCAGGCGCUAAAGACCUCGAAGCUGCUCUAAAACGUCUCACGCCAGCUGAAGUAUUGGCACGUCGUGCUAUGCUUUCCUAUGCGCCAGUUGGUACGUACACGUAUGAUGAGCAGCCAACCACCACAAAUACACUUCCACAAGGUAUACGCACGCCAGAUAGUAUUAUGUCGACAGGUUCGUCGGGUAUUUCAUCCACGAAUAUGUCGGCAUCAAUGCAACAAUGGCGGCUACCAGAAAAAUUGCAAAUUGUGAAACCGAUAGAAGGUUCCCAAACACUACAUCAUUGGUCCAGAUUAGCAACACCAACAUUAAGUGGCCUACUUGAGGAACGACCCGGUGUGACAAUACGCGGUGGACGUGGUCUAGACGAUUUGGGCAUGCAAGUGUAUACAUUGUCUGAUGUUGAGGAGGACGUGAGCGAUGAUUUACCUGGCAAGCAAUUCGAAGCGUCCGGAUGUACAUAUACAUAUACAACGAGCAUGGUUAUGCAUCCCGAUGACGGUUUAAAUGAUUUGUCAUUCUUAUCACAAUCACAAUUGUCAUCACGCAUGGCCUCCGCAUCGACAUCGCGACAACCCAGUUGCCCGCCUACACCACACGGUGGCCUCUCACGCAAGAAUUCCUGCUCGACGUUUUCGGUAAAUUUAGGACUGGCUUCCAUGUUAAACGAACGUGGUAUCAAAGCUGUGACGCCAAGUGCGCUGAAUACACCCGCCGGACCGAACUUCACACCAACUGUUACACCUUGCAAUAGUCCCGAGGGUUCACCACCACGUUCAGCAUCGCCUGAACCAUUGUUCGGUAUACUGUCGACUGGAGCAGAUUUGAUACGACGCAAACUAAUUGGCGAUAUAGAGAGGCCGAAUCGUAAUCAUGCUCAAAAACAACAAAAAAUCAUGUUAUCUCGCCUGGAGAGGCGUGCAUUACGUUCGCUAAAACUGGUUGAGAAGGUGGAGAGUAUUGGUUUAGAGAAUAUUAUAGUAGCACAACCGAAUACUAUGUCUCAGCUGGCUAGCGGUAUUGCGAGUCGCAGCUCUAGUCCAAUGGCACAAUUAAUUAGUCUUAAGAAUCUGCACACAUGCGCCAAUAACGUAGUGGACGAUAUACACUUUGAUCGUGAUCAAAUAAAAACCGUGUUGCAUAAGGGACUGACUACGCCUACCAAGAGCAAUGCAAGCACAAAAAGCGAUGAUGAAAGCAUGGAAACGGAGUCGAUAUCAAGCGUAAUAAGUUCCGAAAGAACUGUUAAAAACGAACAACAGCACACAGUAAAAGCCACACAAAAUGUGACUGCGCCAACGACAGUGCCCACAAACGCCACGACCACAACGGAGUCCCGCAUAAAACAAUUGCAGCGACAAAAGUCACGUCGUAAUCUUAAGAAUGGUAUUGCUGGUCAACGACCAGAUUUAGGUACGAUCAAUGGCAAUAAUGCUGGUGUGGGUAGUGGGCGUGUACGUCCCGAUUUAGGAAAAGUGUCUUCUGGACCCUCAACGUCUGCGGCAGCAAAGAACAACAUGACAAAUGCCACCACGGAGCUGACACAGCAGAAGAAGGGUGCGCACAAUAAAGCACGAGAAUCGCGUGAGCAACAACAACAAAGUAUAACACAAGCAUUUGUCGGUACAGUGAGUUCAUUACUCUUCGGACGUAAAGGUGGCUGGCUGUAGAGCACUUUUACUUAUUUUACUAAAUGUGCUUAUUUAAGUAUGAUGAUAAUAUAUAUAAUAAUAUUUACUACAUAAUUUAGUUUGAUAGUGUUUGGAACGAAAAUCAAUGAUUAUAAACGGAUAACGAAUAGUGAAUGUAUAAAAGACAGCUGCGCAAAGUUAAACAUAAAUACGCAGGCAACUUAUAGUGCAUUUGUGUAAGCAGGCAGCUUCCAUGUAUGUAUGUAUAUAAAUAAGAAUUGAUUGCAACGAUAGUGAAGCUGUGAUCUACUAUAUGAGUAGGCCAACAAUAAAAUAGCUUUUGUUUGGUGCACUCACUUACGUAGCGCAUUUUAAAGCCUAUCUGUAUGCUCAUUACAGCAAUUACAACUCAAAUUGGCCUAGUUUGUCUGCUAUUCGUUGUUUAUCCCUUCACAAGGCAUAGCUAACACCACAACAUAAUGUAGAAUCGCAUGAGGAGUGGAAAUAACUUGUACAACUCAUAUUUACAUAUUUUGAAGCAUUCGCAAGUUGUUUAUACCUUGUAUCACACGCAUACAUCUUUAUUUUUUUAUCAUACAUAACUUAGGUAAUUUGUUUUUAUCUUAUAUUGAUUUAUUAUUGUUUAUUUAUUAAAUUAUUGAAUUUGAAUUUUAAGUUUUGAAACACAAACAUUCACAUGGCGGAGCAAUAAACACCCAAGAUAUUAUACAAUACUGCCACGUUGAGUUCUCUUUAUACUUGCGAACUACAUAUAUACGCUUAGUUUGAGUGUCUGAGUUUAAGGAAACAAUUCUGAGUUACAUACAUGUACAUAAUAGUUUCUUUGUUGCUUGCUAAAGUAUUAAUGAGAAAAAGCUAAGAAAUGAAAAUGCGUAACUUCUUAUAUUCUCAUACAUAGCAUGAGCGUUCAUAAUUUUGUGUUUUUAACAGCAACAUUCAAUAAUUAUUUAAUCGCUACAUGCAUGACAACAGCAUUGCGCUGCCUUUAAUUAUAGGUGCCGUUGCAUUUUUUGUUGCAGAUAAAUGCAAAUAAGCAAUUCCACUAUUUAUGUUAACGAUUUAACAAUACAAUGCUCCGUAAAGUUAAUUAGACUACGUCGAAUUAAUUAAAAAUUGAGUUUUUUAAAUUAUUUAUAAACAGAUAUUAACAAAAAGUGUUUAGUUAAACGUAAGAAGACACCAUUCAACAUCCACUUUCUUUUGAAUUAUUGAACGUUUAUGUUCAAGUGCUGUUACGUUUACUUUUGAAAUGUUAUAUAACGAAUGUUUCAGCAAUUUUAAAUAAUUCUAAUUGAAUAUCUCACUAGAAGCACUUUUCGGACGAUUAAAUCUAACGCUUAUUUAAAAAUUUGUGUUAUGCAAAUGUGAAAAUUAUAUUAUAUAUUAAUUUUUUAUUUAUACAUAUUUUUUUAAUUUUUCUUUUAUUUUUAAUUUUUUUCAAUUUAUUUUCUUUAGUUAAUUAACAGAUUACAGCACAA